GAAAUGUACUGCUUUGGAAUACUCGGUAACACAUACCGGCAUAACCAUAGAGUUAAUCGUUACUGUUUUGUCUCCUUACAACUUAGAUCAAGAGGAACACAUAUUGCGGAUGUUACUGUAUUGUAAGAGUAGGUCAAGUAGUCAGCGUAAUGGGUAACUGUUCCCGGAUUGCUGUAUAGCAGGAAGUAGAUCUAUAGUAUUCACGUGCAUGCGGAUUAAUUUGGAAAUAAAAGCUUUAAUAUCAGUAUUCCACAUGGAUAAGAAGAAUCUAAAGAUUUCCUUGGAAGUCACAAAUUCUAAUGCAGAAAGUCCGGUUGAGCGCGCCCGAUGGUCUAGUCAGCUUGAUUUUGUCCUCGCAUGUAUCGGUAAUACAGUUGGACUAGGCAAUGUUUGGAGAUUUCCAUAUCUGUGCUACAAAAAUGGAGGAGGAGCGUUUUUGAUACCGUACUUUAUCAUGCUGUUCAGCGGAGCACUGCCUGUAAUGUUACUAGAGAUUGGUCUGGGUCAGUAUAUGUCCAGAGGAGGCCUGAAGUCCUGGAUUAUCUGCCCUUUGUUUCAAGGUAUCGGGAUAGCUACCCUUCUGAUGUGUUUUCUGGCCAGUACAUACUACAUAGUGAUUCUGGCCUGGGGUCUAUACUACAUGUACGCCAGUGUAUCGAAGGAGAUACCGUGGGGGUCCUGUCUCAAUGCCUGGAACACGGAAAGAUGUGCAUCAUCAAAUAAGGAAUUACUCGACCGUCUAUGUGGAACUGAGAGUCAAUAUAUUUCUCCUGUAACCACGGGGCAAAUACCAGAAAAAGAAGACUCAAUCAACAUAACUCUGCGCACCAACCUUUUAAACACUACAGCCGUAAAUUGCUCUUUAGAUCACACUGCUGCUAUAGACCCGACAGUCGAGUUUUGGGAAAACCACGUGCUCCAGAUCUCGGAUUCCAUAGAGGAUGGUGGGGGACUUGUUCCUCACCUGACUGUCUGUCUGUUGGUGAUGUGGAUCGUCAUCUACUUCUGUGUUUGGAGGGGUGUCAAAUGGAGUGGGAAGGUGGUGUACUUCACAGCAACGUUCCCUUACGUCAUCCUCAUCACAUUACUGGUUCGUGGUGCGACUCUACCCGGAGCUGGAGACGGAAUCAAAUACUUCCUGUCCCCCGACUUCAGCCGUUUACAGGACGCUCAGGUGUGGAUCGACGGAGGGACACAGGUGUUCUUUUCGGCAGCUGUCGCCCUCGGAGUCAUGACCAGCCUUGGAAGCUACAACACUUUUAAUACAGAUUUCUACAAGCAUACUAUGAUCGUAGCGGGAUUCAAUUUUGGUACCAGUUUCCUCAGUGGCUUUGCAGUGUUCUCUGUUCUUGGGUUUAUGGCGCAUGAACAAAAGGUGGACAUAGACCAAGUUGCGGAAUCAGGUCCAGGUUUGGUAUUCAUCGUGUACCCCAAGGCAGUCACCAUGAUGCCUCUUCCACAACUUUGGGCCAUUCUUUUCUUUAUGAUGCUAUUUUUAAUUGGAAUAGACAGUCAAUUUGUGAUGGUAGAAUCUGUGGUAGCACAUAUAAGCGACUUGUUUCCACGACAGCUGUAUAAGACCAAAGGAAGAAUGAUUCUGACGGUGGUUUUGUGUUGUUUAUGGUUUGCUAUGGGUCUUUCAAUGGUGUCCAGGGGAGGAAUGUACGUCUUCCAGCUGUAUGACUACUAUUCGGCCUCUGGUAUGGUUCUGCUUUGGGUAUGCUUUUGGGAAUGUAUUGCCAUCGGAUGGAUAUUUGAGUCGGAAAAGUUUUACGACGCCAUAGAGUUAAUGAUAGGAUACAGAAUCAACAAAUGGUUCCAUAUAUGUUGGAAAUACAUCACACCGCUUGUAACCGCCGGUAUUUUUGUAUUUCAAGUGAUCGGAUAUAAACCACUAAAAUACAAGAACGAAUAUGAGUACCCUGCGUGGGCUCAAUGGUUUGGGCUGAUGCUGGCCCUGGUGUCCAUGUGUUGCAUUCCUUUGUACUUGAUGGGCAAACUUCUAACACUCGAAGGUCCUAUUAAAGAGCGUUUCAAGAAAGCGAUUGUACCAAAACUCAGAGCAGAUCAAAUUUGUAAAAAAUGGAUGUACAAAGAUGAUGCGUUACUAAUGCAGCAAAGUUGGACAUGAUCGAUCAACAUUUGCCGUACAUGAAAUAUUGUCAGUUUUUAUAAAUGUUUAAUAUACAAUAAAAGGAAACAAGAUGGGCAAAGACUUGUCGGUAUACAAUGACGGUCAUCACAAUAUAAAUCUGUUUUAGAUUGAUUAUCAUUCUACACUAGUUAAUAUAUUUUCUCAGAGUUUGUCAAAUUUUAUUUGCUUAUCAUUAUAAUUGCUAUUUAUUCUUGCAUUGUUAUUUUUGAGAUAAAGGACAUCAAACUGUUUAGUUAAAACUUUAAAUUACUGCAUAUCAUAAAAUGGAUGAAAUAAAACGAAAUUACAAAAGUAAACAAUUUUGAUUAUAUUUGGUUGUUAUUUGAUUGUUUCCAGUGCAUUUAUCCAUACUCCAAAAUGAUAAAAUCCGCCCGCUUUUAUUCAUAUUUACUGAAUUGAAUUAUAGAAAAUUAUAUCCCCCUACCUAAAUUGUUUAUUUUUUGCCUAUUUGACUUGUAUUCUUCUCAUACAUCAUGCUAUCGUUUUCUGCUGAUUUGAGGAACCAUCUUAACGUAUAGUGAACACCUUAAGCGAGUUCGCACCAGGUAAACAACAUCAAUUUAUAAUUGGAAUGACUAAUAGCACUUUUACAUCUUUUUAAAAAGUGACAUUUAAGCGCAGUGGGGUACAUUUUGUCCUUUAAU